AUGCGCAACGCUUAUGAUCGCGGGACCACUGAGCCCUUCAAGAUACUGCAUACACGGUUCCCAUUCCCCCCAUCCAUAUGUGAUCCCCCUCCUCUCCAGAAAUCCCCCCGCCUCACCCUGCACCCCCACCACCUCCACAUUCUCCUCUUCGACCUCCACAGGAGCUGGCCUCGCCCUCCCAACCUCCCCGCCGACACCGUCAGCGUAGCGAGUAUCCACACCUCUGCGCAUAGGAAUGCCGUUGUAGACUCGAAAGUUCUGUUCCCCCUGCACACUUACCACUUCGUCUUCGAAGGGCGGGGUGUGCGGGGGCAGUGCUCUCCAGGAUGGAACCUAACCCUGGACCUUCCUUCCUGCAAUGGCCAAUGUGGCCUUUAUAACUUAGCGGGCCGCGACGCAAAAGUGCCGAUCCUCCCCGUCGCCAAGGUUUUCGCGAUCGCUUGGUACACAACUGGGAUCACCCGGGUCUUGAGCCAGAGAAGCUCCGCACGCUGCGGCCGCCUUGGCCUCAGCGAGGGAAGCCUCGAGUUGGUGUUUGGGGAGGUGGAAGUAUUCCAAGGCUUUGCCCAAGCUGCGCCUGUGGAGGUUGGGGUUUGGUGGUGAAGGAUUUAGGAGGGGUAUAAAUGGAGAUGAGGUGGGGACGGUCGGGAGUGGCUCGAAGUCUAGGGAAAGGUCAAAGUCGAGUUCUUGCGGGAGAAGAAAAAAUUCGAUGUCUGAUUCGAUGAAUUCGAUGGACAAGUCAAGGGAUAUGUCCACACCGGCUGGGGCGGCGGUUUUAGAGGUUAGGUAUAGACCCUGGGUGAAUGGGAGGUCAAAAGGGGAGGUGCGCAUGUGGGCAGAACAGAUUGGGUCUUCGCUGUCGAAUGUGCAGAAGCGGAUAUCCGAUGGGAGGUAUGGUGGGAGGAGCUUAUGAACAAGAUAUUCUCCCUGGGAGGUUGUUAGUUCGAGGAUAGGGAAUUAGGGAUGUGUGGAAAGGACAUUUGUAUGAACGAGACUUAGCUCUAGGAAUUCUAGGAUAGGAACCGGAUCUGAAAUAUG